CAGAAAAAAAAUAGUUGACAGCUUCUCGUCAGGCAUCUCUCCAACAGCAGAGAGCUUCCUGGAUUUUGUUUGACUAUUUUUGCUGUUCCCUUGCUUUUGUUACACACUCGGUUUUGUGUAGCACCAGCAUGACAUCUACUUUAGACGAAAGCAAUAAGGAAAAAAUCCGUUCAGUUUCAGUGGACUUGAACAAUGAUGCUUCACUUCUCAUUGACAUUCCUGAUGCCCUUUGUGAAAGGGACAAAGUCAAGUUUACUGUCCAUACAAAGACAACAUUGAGCACUUUCCAGAAGCCAGAGUUUUCCGUUCCCAGGCAGCAUGAAGACUUUAUCUGGCUACACGACACUUUGGUUGAGACAGAGGAAUAUGCUGGUCUCAUUAUCCCACCUGCACCACCUAAACCUGACUUUGAGGGUCCUCGUGAAAAGAUGCAUAAGCUUGGAGAAGGCGAGGCAACUAUGACAAAAGAGGAGUAUACUAAAAUGAAACAGGAACUGGAAGCUGAAUACUUAGCUGUGUUCAAGAAAACUGUGCAAGUGCAUGAAGUCUUCCUUCAGAGACUCUCCUCACAUCCAGUUUUAAGCAAAGACAGAAACUUCCAGAUUUUCUUAGAGUACGAUCAGGAUCUUAGUGUGAGGCGAAAGAAUGCAAAGGAAAUGUUUGGAGGUUUCUUCAAAAACAUGGUUAAAUCAGCAGACGAGGUCCUAAUCUCGGGAAUAAAGGAAGUUGAUGACUUUUUUGAGCAGGAGAAGACAUUCCUGCUCGAUUACUACAGCAAGAUUAAAGACUCCACUGCCAAAGCUGAAAAAAUGACCCGUUCACACCAAAAUAUUGCUGAUGACUACAUUCGCAUCUCUGCUACUUUAAACAGCAUUUCAGCAGAUGACAGUACAGCAAAUAAAAAGCACUUAGAGAAAUUGUCUGACCUGUUUGAAAAAUUACGAAAAGUGGAAGGACGAGUAGCUUCAGACCAGGAGCUGAAACUGACAGAGCUACUUAGGUAUUACAUGAGAGAUAUUCAGGCUGCAAAGGACCUGUUGUAUAGACGAGCCAGGGCUUUGGCUGAUUAUGAAAACUCUAACAAGGCUUUGGACAAGGCCAGACUGAAAGGCAAGGACAUCCCCCAAGCGGAGGAGCACCAGCAGCAGUGUCUGCAGAAGUUUGAUAAGCUCUCAGAGUCUGGAAAAAAAGAACUCACGAAUUUCAAGGGAAGGCGUGUGGUGGCCUUUCGGAAAAACCUCAUAGAGAUGGCUGAACUUGAGAUAAAACAUGCCAAGAACAAUGCCACUCUAUUGCAAGGCUGCAUCGACCUCAUCAAUAGUAAGUGAUGUACCCACAUAACUCUGCCUUCAUCUCCUGUUCAGUGGAAAUAUGUAGAGCUUUUGAUGGACUUAAAACUUCUCCUCCUUUGACCCAUGGGCCUUAUGUCACUUUAUAAACCUGCCCAAGACCGAGCCAGUGUCUUAUACUUAAGCAGAAUACCUGUGUGUUUACACUCUUCUAUGCUCCAUGCUUUAUCCAUUAGUUUUGGAUGUACAAUUUCUUUACUUUCCAAAUUAUGACUGGCAAUGUAUUUGAUAAUUUCUGACAAUUUUCCCUUGUUUUGUAUUAUCAUGUCUUAUUAAUUAUUAUUAUGCCAACCUUAGUUUAACCUCCAUUGAAAAUACAUGAAAGUACCAUUUUGUUUACCUGAUUUACAUUCAGUUUUUUAAACACAUUUCCACAUAAUAUGCAGAGUGCAAUUUAUAUUUGCCAAUAAAACAACAUUGGUGCCUUUUAACAGAUCUAAACUAAAUACCUAAUUACAUAAGCGUUAAAUAAGACUUAAAAUGUGGAUAUCUUAUUGGAACUGUACUUUGGUCUGUAACUUCUACAUAGGUUUCUACAUGUUUUACUUUCUCACCUCUGCACUACAUGUCAUGUCUCAUGUUUUUUUUUUCAGUGUUUUAUUUCUAAUUGCAAUCUGCUCGUAUCACAUAAUGUAAAGUACAUUGCUGAAGUUUACUUUUUAAACUGAUGCACUAAAAGGGUGAAAAAUUUAUCACAAUCUGAUACGUGAAGUCAAAAUGCAUUAUAGUUUUUUAAAGAAGUGAAUGUAUUUCUUAUGAAUUCCAGUUCAUGUGCAAACCUUCCCAUAGUCUUUAUUGGAGAACCCAAGUAUUUUAUAGAUUUGUAAUGAUGAGAAUAAAUAAAUCCUACUUUCCCAAGA